AUGGAGAAACUAAAGGCAAUCCGAGCAGGGAAUAAAGCAGCUAUUACGCGUUCUAUAAAUGCAUUGCUAAAAGAAGAUAUGGACCCCGUCAACAUACAGAAAAUGUAUGAAGGAAUACUCAAGAAGAGGAAAGUUUUGGAGAAGCUUGAUGAGGAAAUUCUCGAGGCUAUUUCCGCAGAGGACGCGGAAUCAGAGAUUGUAAAUUCAGAUGAGUAUUACUCUUUCUUAGACAAAGAACUUACACAGAUAGAGACCCGCUUCAAGUUGAGUUUAAGAAUAUUUCAGUCAAUUUCUUCUGAAUUAAACCCAAGUGCCACGGAAUUUCACAUGCCGUUACCGGCCCCGUUACAAAGCAGCUCCUCAUUUGGAUCACAAAACCACAAACUUCCAAAACUAUCACUCCCAAUGUUUAACGGAAACAUUCUAGAUUGGCAAACUUUUUGGGAUUCUUUUGAGACGACUGUUCAUUUGAAUCAUACACUUACGGAUGUUCAGAAAUUUUCCUAUCUCAAAUCGCUGUUGGAAUACGGUGCAUCAAAUGUUAUUGCUGGUCUCGCUCUCACAAACAGUAAUUAUGAAAAGGCUAUUGCAUUGUUAAGAGAAAGAUAUGGUCAGAAACACAAAAUUAUAAAUGCGUACAUGAAAUCUUUGUUGGAUUUAUCACCCCAGCAAUCAAACUUGUUUAGUCUGAGGGAAUUUUAUGGCACUGCUGAGUCGUACAUUCGUGGUCUUGAAUCACUCGGACAAGAAGAAGAAACAUUUGGUACAAUGUUAAUUCCCAUUCUAAUGGACAAGUUGCCGUCAGAUGUGAAAAUUAAUAUUACCCGUCAUAACGGAAGUGACCACUGGACACUAGAAUCCUUACGCCGUUGCAUAUUGCAUGAAAUCACAAUUCUAGAGGCAGGAAGCUCCAAUUCAUCAUUGAAUAAUGUUUUGCCAACUGCAAAUUUUCAUACCAGUGCACGAUCAUCAAAAGAGAAAUUUAAUCACAAUAUUACGCCAUUCCAGUGCAGCCCCAAGAAAUGUGUGUAUUCCAAGGAAAAUCAUUUUCCAGGAGAUUGUCCGCUAGAUUAUAACAAGAGACUUGCAAUUGUAAAGGAGCAUAAACGUUGUUUUAACUGCUUGGGACAUCAUCAGGUUUCAAAAUGUCAAUCAAAGGGUACCUGUCGUAAUUGUCACAAAAAACAUCAUACUUCGUUGUGUAGAAAAAACAGCAAUUCAGACAAUGUAACAAAUACAGAACAUCAGUCUCAGAAAUCUACCGACAUUUCUGUUGAUAGUAGUAUUAUACAGGAAAUUGCCCAGUCUCAGAAUGUAGAUGACGAGUCAGUACUUCACAGUACUUCUACAUCCGUUACUUUAUUAAAGACCGCCGUCGUCACAGUUUCAUCUUCACCAAGCGCGGAUUCGUUUACAUGUGCGAAUAUUUUGUUUGAUGAGGGAGCCCAGAGGUCUUUCAUAACGGAAGAAUUAGCAUACAAUCUUCAGGUCAAAGUAUCAGGAAAUGAAAGUUUGAAUAUCGCAGCGUUCGGAGAUAAAACCGCAAAGUCAGUCAGACAUUUGAACAAAACUACAGUAUACGUUGAAACAGAUUCCGGGGCAGAUUUCUAUUGGAGUUUUGUUGGGGAUGAAAUCAUCCGCGGAAAUGGUCCUACUGUUGUGAGCUCAAAGCUAGGAUAUUUGAUUUCGGGACCUACACGCAUUUCUAAUUCAACAUCGAAAGUCCAGACAUCAAUGCACAAUGUGCUUACCUUUCACAAAAAUGAGGAAGUUAAUAUCGCGAGAUUUUGGGAAAUCGAGGAUAUUGGAGAGAAAGAUGGUAUAUUACACGAAAAGGCGGAAACCUACGGACAACAUUCCAUUUCAUUUGAAAACGGACGUUAUUCAGCUAAACUUCCCUGGAAAGACAGCAGCGCAGAACUCCCAACAAACGAAGAAAUCGUUAGACGACGGACCAAAAACGUCAUCAAAAGAUUAGCAAGUGAUGGUGAUAUGUUGGACAUUUACAACAAAAUAAUACAGGAACAAGAAGCCCGCGGUUUCAUCGAGAAAGUCGACAUUAGCAAAGAUACCAAUUCAACCAGGAAACACUAUAUUCCACAUCACCCAGUAGCCAAAGAUUCGUCGACUACUCCAAUACGCAUCGUAAAUGAUUGUAGCUGUCGCAUGAACGGAAAAAGCCCCAGUUUAAAUGAUUGUCUCGACAGCACCGCGCCAGAUAUAAACAACUUGACAGGAAUUAUAUUGCGCUUCAGAGCAAAACAGUACGCCGUUACGACCGACAUUGAAAAGGCUUUCUUACAAAUAAAUCUGGACAAGUCCGACCGCAAUGUCACCAGAUUUUUCUGGCUAAGUAAUCCACAAGACCCUACCAGUGCGCUCAUUGUAUACAGAUUUAAAGUAGUUCUUUUUGGAGCUACGUGUUCUCUCUUCAUACUUGGAGCAACGUUACUUAAACAUUUUGACAGAAACCCAUGUGAAACAUCGAUGGAAUUGUUAGAGUCACUUUAUGUCGAUAAUGUACUUACAAGCUUCCCAGACCAAUCUACUUUGUUGAAGUUUUACAAAGAUUCUAGAGUCUUAUUACAAAAUGGUGGAUUUAAUCUACGAUCUUGGAACUCCAACAACCAUACUCUGUGUGAGUUAGCAAAAGAAGAAAAUGUCCUUGACACUGAUAAACAGAUCAAAACUCUUGGAAUGCGAUGGAAUUGCGAGACAGAUUACCUGAAGUUUCCACAACUUAAACUUAAAACGUAUCCAGAAGGAGAAAAUGGAGAAAUUACUAAGAGAGAAGUUCUACGGGAGUCGUCCAAGAUAUUUGACCCACUCGGACUGCUCAGUCCGGUUACAGUAAGAGCGAAGAUAUUUAUGCAGGAUAUUUGGAAACUGGAAUGUAGCUGGGAUCAAUGUUUACCACACGAAUUCCAGGAAAAUUGGAAAUCACUUGCACUCCACCUACAAGAAUGUACAAAUAUUGAGAUUCAGCGAUACCUUCACACUGACUCAAAGGAAACUCCGGCACUCCACGUAUUUACUGAUGCAAGUCAGCGCGCUUAUGGAGCUUGUGCUUAUCUCGUCACCAAGGACACAUCUUGUCUUGUUAUGGCUAAGAACAGGGUAGCACCUAUAAAAUCUCAAACAUUGCCACGUCUUGAAUUAAUUGGUGCAGUAAUCGGCGCAAAGAUAGCCAACCAUCUGAAAACAGUAUUAAAUGUGCAAACUGUAACAUUUUGGUGUGACAGUCAGAUCGUUCUGUCUUGGUUAACAUCAUUAAAGGAUUUGAAACCAUUUGUCAGAAAGCGUGUAAAGGAAAUCACGGAUUUAACAGAAGGUAGUGUUUGGAAAUACUGUCCUACAAAGUCAAACCCCGCGGAUUGUCUCACACGUGGAGAAACAGCAGAAAAAUUCUUGAGUAACAAAUUAUGGAUGAAUGGCCCCAAGUGGAUACACGAUGAAAGUGCUUGGCCAAUUUGGAACCGAUCUACAGAUACAAGUUCAUCAGCUGUACUGAAGGUGGAUUGUGAAUUAAGUACCACAGACACCUGCACAGAAUCAGUGAAAACAACGGAAAACACUACAGUUGACGCUUCGAGAUUUUCUUCAUAUAGCAGAUUACUCCGUGCAACGGCCUACGUACUUAAAUUUAUUGAAAAUUCUAAAACUUCAAAGACACAGAGAAAAACAAGCGUACUUACAGCAAAAGAGCUUUAUAACGCUAAUGUGAUAACUUUAAAAGAAACACAACGCGAUGUAUUCAAGGAGGAAAUCAACAAUCUGUCAAACCAAAAUUCAAAGAGAACUGCUAUCACAAAGCAAUUAGGACUGUAUCUGGACAACGAAGGGCUUCUCCGAUGUAGAGGACGUAUUCAUAGUUCAUCGCUUGACACGGAAACGAAAUUUCCCGUCCUUCUACCAAAGAAACACCUAGUGACGAGGUUGAUCAUCCUAAAUUCCCACGAAAGUGUUCUACAAGCAGGAGUGAAUUCCACGAUUGUCAAAAUACAGCAGAAAUACUGGAUUCCACAUAUUCGCCAAUGUGUAAAAGGAAGUUUGAGAAAAUGCGUGAAAUGCAAAACGAUUAUUGGAAAAUCCUUUCCAGCGCCAGAUCCUCCGCCGUUACCUAAAGACAGACUUCGAGAAGAACCUCCGUUUACUGUGACAGGAAUUGAUUUCGCAGGACCUCUCUUCAUAAAGGAAGUUAACAAGUCUCCAAGAAAGGUAUACAUUUGCCUAUUUACGUGUGCCGUUACAAGAGCCGUUCACAUUGAGUUAGUAGAGGAUAUGUCAGAGGAGACAUUCAUUAGAGCAUUUCGGAGAUUUGUUGGUCGCAGAUCAUUGCCAAAAAUCGUUAUUUCCGAUAAUGCAUCUACGUUCAAGGCAGCAGCAUCAGAUAUAGACAAUAUUCUUCACUCCACUAAAGUUCAGAAUAAGUUUUCGUCUUUAGGUACAGUUUGGAAAUUCAUUCCAUCUAGAGCUCCCUGGUAUGGUGGAUGGUGGGAACGCAUUAUUGGCAUGUUAAAAUCUACAAUCAAAAAGGUCUUAGGAAAAGCUCAAGUCACAUCAUCGGAACUCAAUACCUUAUUAACAGAAGUGGAAUGCAUGUUGAACAACAGACCCAUUACGUAUACAUUCACAGAUCUUGAGGACCCACAGCCACUUACACCCUCCCAUCUUCUAUACGGACGGAAUCUGGAUGUAUUACCUUACUUCAAGCCACCGGAAGAAUCUCUACAACCAAUCAACAUGAAACGUAUUGAUGUGUGCAAAAGAGUUAUUCGACAAAGAGAUAUUCUUGAUCACUUCUGGAACAGAUGGAGAAAUGAGUAUUUGACAUCACUUCGUGAGUUUCAUCGUGCGGCCGGAAGAACUGUACAGGAUAUUAAAGUCGGUGAUGUUGUUCUCGUCCACAAUGAAGGAAACAGACUAUUAUGGAAACUUGGCCUAAUCAAAGAGUUGAGAUACGGAAGAGACAAAUAUACCAGAACAGCAAUUCUAAAGACUGAUACUGGACUAAUACAUCGUCCUAUAACUAAGUUAUUUCCACUGGAGGUGUCAUUAGAAAAUAAAACUGAUGAAGUAUCAAAAUUACGAAGAAGCGAUCGUCUGAGAAAUUAA